AUGUCACGGGAGUCCCUCGUUCCUCUCGAAUGCCUUUUGGUUGCAGUGGGCAUGGGGGCCCUGCCAUUCGAAUGUGAACCCUCGCCUAUGGGACAGUCCCUACAUAUGCAGAACGACCGUACCAACCUUUGGUGGCAUCGGAAUCCCAUAGCGGACAGCAUGGCCCUGAAGAAGUUUCCCCGGAGGGGCAAUGCACCUACUCUGACGGAGCUUCGAGGUCCUGGUCCGGCAUCGCCCUCGUAUGUCACUGUGCGGCUCGGAGGCUGGAUAGAGGGUUGCUUAUGGUGUAUGUGCGCGGAGCCGAAUGGAGAGGGAGGAGAGGAGGAAUGGGUCGCUUUGGGGGAUCCGUUCCACCUAUUGGAAGACAACGCUUCUCGUGUUGCAACCCUCGACUUCAUUCCUUCGUUGAUAUCAUCGGAGUGA